CUCAAUUUCGAUUGUGCCCUGAGCUCUAUUGCAUGCAAAUUGGUAAUCGAAGUUGUAGUUGGAUGCAUUGUUGUACGGAACAACAUGACCUCUCGGAUGUUGGUGUCGCCAGGCGUCGUCCUCGCUAUUUUGGCAGUGGUGGCCUGCACAAUCAACGCAGAUGUCGCAUUUAACUGGAAUACAGCUGAUGUCCAAAGAAACUUCAAUAUUACCGAGUUUACUGGCAAGAAAUGGUACGAAAUCAAGUGGCACGAUGCCACCGACGACCCAUGGAUCAUGGACAAUCUCUAUUUUUAUUAUAGAAUGGAUCCCAAUGACGACAAUGUCGCAAAAGCAGUGAUGGUCGGCAAUUACAGGACAUCUCCAGACCGCUGUCGCAAGCUAACGGGAGGAGGAAACAUGAAAUUUGUCAUCCCUGACUCAGCAAACCCUGCCAAGAUGAGGUAUAUCAUUAACAGCAAAUAUCCAGAAAGCGACUACUGGAUCCUCUCUACAGAUUACGACCACUACGCCCUAACCAUUGCUUGUGACAGCAUACAGACUGAUGGGAGCUGCCAGCCUGGUACUAAAGUCAAUGUCAUGUCAACUUCACCCCGCAUCAGGCCGGAGGACGAGAGGCGGCUCGAUGGCUUGAUCCGUACGGUUCUUCUGAUGAAUCCGGACACAUUUAUAGUGACGAUUCAUGACAGAGACUGCCCAAUGUAAGCUGCGAUGGGAGCUGUUUGCGGAGCUGUCCUUCUGACUGGUCGACGCGGCACUUACUCCACAUUACAGAGGUUCAGUUUUUGGUUCGAGAACGAAAACGAUGUGAUUUCUUUUCUCAGGUUGACGCCAUCGUGUUAAGUUGAUUGUUUUGAUAUACGUUGUUUCUCGGCAUACCAGACAUUGGGUGAUAUGAAUAAAGACUAGCAAAUGCUUUUACUUCAAUUUUGUACAGAAAGGCCUAGUGUAAAUGUACAUGGAGUUUUAGAUAAAAGCAUUUGCUAGUCUUUAUUCAUAUCACCCAUUGCAUCGGUAAAACGGUGCAAUAGCCGUCUUCAAAAUGACACCUCGCUCUCGUUAUCGGAUCAGAAUCUAAAUCUCUCUAUAUCUUCACUGUGUUUUGCAGAAAGUAGUCUCUUUUCCAAAGCCCGACAAAAGGGACGGUUGAGAUUCACAACUUAAACGAAAAUUUAGGUGCCUGGCUUUCACGUCAUGUGCGAAUAGUAUAAUUCGCGAAAGUUGGUUCAUCUCAACCUUCCAAUGUAGUCAAAAUGAACUGUAAACAUGUUCAAUACUUCAGAUCCUUCAGAUGUUUUCCGUGAUAUAAAAUGUAAUACACUACAUGCAUUUAUAUUCAACCAAAUUUGAUUUCACUAUCUAAAAUAAAUUCGAAUUUAUAAGUUAUUUACAUCACUGAGCACCAAAUAUAAUCAGAUGUAGACUA